AUGCGUGACGGCAUAGUGGCCGUGGUGGACACCAUGGGGUGCCAUAUGGCACAACAGGGGGAAACGGACCCGCGCGCGAGGCGGUUGGUAACCCUUGUUUCCCUCAUGUUGUCUUCUCAGACCAAGGACGAGGUGACGGACGCGGCGAUCAAGAAGUUGCGGGCGGCGCUUGGGGGGAGUAUCACGUUGGAGGCGUUGCUGAAGGCAGACAAGGAGACUAUUGAGGGGGCGAUAAAUAAGGUGGGAUUCUGGCCAAAGAAGACGGGGUACAUCAUGGAGGCAGCCAAGACCUUGAGGGACGACUUUGACGGAGACGUCCCGAAGACCGCGAAGGAGCUUCAGUCCCUGAAGGGUGUAGGCCCGAAGAUGGCGUACUUGUGCCUUCAAGCGGCGUGGGGGAUAAACGACGGAAUUGGUGUGGACGUUCACGUCCACCGGAUAACAAACCGCCUGAAGUGGCAUAACCCGCCCACCAACACGCCAGAGGCGACGAGGGCCAACCUGGAAUCGUGGCUCCCAAAGGAGCUCUGGGGCGACAUCAACCACAUGCUCGUCGGCUUCGGUCAAGAAAUCUGCUACCCCGUAAACCCACGCUGCGACCAAUGCACGCUACGGGACAUGGGUCUCUGCCCCAGCGCUCAGCAGAACGUCAGCCCCACAAAGCGGAAGCCGGCAGCCAAACGCGUAGUCGGGGGUUCUGGCGCGAGCAAGGUAGAGAUCGAGUUGGACCCGGACGUCGAUAAGCCGCUGCUUUAG